CAACCCGCGAAUGCAACUCGCGCGCAAAAAAUGAGCACGCAACAAUUCACCCACUAUCCCGAAGUGCGCGAGGCCGCAUCCGUGCCCUACAAAAAUGAGGACCAGGAGAUCCCUGUCUUCCGCGGCGCGCCUCUCGCCAUCGGAGCGAGCCUAAUCCAACACAUAGGUCUAAUCCAGAGCUACUUCUGGCGCAACGCGGGCUUCAGCAUCAUCCGCGACCUGCCUCUAUCCGACUAUGUCCCGCGCUACGAUCCGACCGUUAUCCCUGUUCUCAGCAGCUCCGAAGAGCGGAGGGGAAACGAAGCAGCGAAUCUACCGGCUCCAGCGGGACGGAAAGAUGGGACGAAGGGUUACUACACGUCCGCGGACUACGUGGCGCUGUAUCGGGCGGGGGAAUUAACCCCGUCCGCUGUAGCGGAGACGCUGUUGCCUCUGAUCCAGCGCGAGGCAGACGGGAGACACUCUAUCGCGUUCCUGGAGACGCAGGCGGAGCGGGUGCGGGCGGCGGCGCAGGCGUCGACGGAGCGGUACGCGGCGGGACGGGCGCUGGGCCCGUUGGACGGGGUGCCGGUGGCCGUGAAGGACGAGGUGCAUUUGGCGGGGUACGGGCGGACGCUGGGCAGCAGGCUGGAUUUUCGGGGUGCGUACGAGGGGAGCUCGUGGUGCGCGAAGCAGCUGGAGGACGCGGGGGCGAUUGUUAUCGGGAAGACGAGCAUGCAUGAGCUGGGACUAGACACGACGAACAACAACCCCAACUACGGCACGCCGCGUAACCCCCACAACCCCGACUACUACUGCGGCGGCUCGUCCGGCGGCUCAGGCUACGCCGUCAGCGCAGGGCUGGUGCCGAUCGCGCUGGGCGCCGACGGGGGCGGCUCGAUCCGGAUUCCGUCAUCGUUCUGCGGAAUCUGGGGGCUGAAGACUACGCACGGGCGCGUCAGCGGCGCGCCGACGGUGUCGCUGGCCCCGACGGUGGGCGUGUACGGCCCGAUGGCCAGCAGCAUCGACGACCUGGCGCUGGCGUACCGCAUCAUGGCGACGCCGGCGCCGGCGGCGCGCGACCCCGUGUCCGCGAGCUUCCCGUCGCCACUGCAGACCCUUGCCCUUUCAAACUCGUCCAACCCCGAGAAAAGAAGAAGAAAAAUAGGCCUCAUCCGCCCGUGGCUCGCGCGCUCCUCAGCACCAGUCCUCAAGCUCUUCAACGAAACCCUCGCACACCUCACCAACAACCCCGAGACCUCAACCCAGAUCGAAACAAUCGACCUCGAAAUCCCAUACCUCCCCGAAGGCCAACGGGCGCACGUACUAACCAUCAUGAACGAGAUCGCAUCGGGCCUGAAACCAUCGCAGAUCAGCGCGCUGACGGCGCCGAACAAAGUCCUGGUCUCGAUGGGCAUGUGGCAGAUCACGGGCCAGGACGUGGUGGCGGCGCAGCGGCUCCGGAACCUGCUGAUGGCGCACCUGGCGCAUCUCUUCCAGACGUAUCCUGGGUUGGUGAUCGUCACGCCCACGACCCCGAUGCCCGGGUGGCGGAUCCAGGAGCCGGCGGACCUGGCGCGCGGGGUGUCGGAUGGGGCGGCGUCGGUGCGAAAUAUGGAGUAUGUGUGGCUGGCGAACUUUACGGGGUGUCCUGCUGUGUCGUGUCCUGUGGGCACGGUGGAGGCGGGGACGGGAGGGAAGGUGCCGGUUGGGUUGAUGGCUAUGGGCGAGUGGGGUGCUGAGGAGGAGUUGAUUGCUUUCGCGAGGGAUUUGGAGGAUGCGUUGCGGGCUCAGAAAGGAGGAGAUGGUGGUGGUGGUGGAGGUGAGCAGGAGAUUGGCGGUAGUUCGGGUUCAAGUUCGGGGGUGGAGGUUCCCUCAGGGGAAGGAUCGGUGUGGGAGGAUGUAAUUGGGUUGGCGAAAGAGGCCAGUACUUCCUGAGACCGCCUGAACAGAUUGUUGUGAUGGGCAUGGGAUGGCAAAAAGCAUGUUCGCGUUCUCUUGUAUAGCUUAUGUAUAUGCCAAGGACCUAAUAGGUGGAGGAUGAGACACUACCAAUGUUUCCGUCUGACCAAGCUGGUAUGUGAGAUAGCUCC